AUGAUGUAUAAAUAUCUUUGGUUACUGAACACUCUCAUAUUGUCUGUCCAAAGCAUCGAACAACGAAUUGGAGCUAAAGGACAUCUCACGUGUCGUGGAAUACGUCAGCCUGGAAUAUUUAUUCAAUUAUACGAUGAAGAUUCAUUUUUCCUCCUGGAUGCAGAUGAUCUCAUGGGUUCCGCUAAUUCUGAUGCCUUCGGGACAUUUUGUGUUAAAGGGACAACAUACGAAUUCUCAACUAUUGAACCUUACAUACUGGUAGAGCACAACUGUGGAUACGAAGGGACCAAUGAAAAGGCAAAAUUGGUCCAAUUUCUCAGUCCACAUUUUAUCUCAAAAGGAAAUCGAUCAUAUUAUAUUGAACAUUUAGGAGAAAUCGAGCUACUAACCAAAGAAGCUCCUGUUCAGAAGUAUGAACGUCGUAAUCUAGUCUACAAGCAUGUUCAUCGUAUACAUCGAGACCGAAUCAAUGAAUGUCUACCCUUGUAUGUAACUUACAAGGAGUUUUUCGAGAAAGCUGUCUUUCCCGCUGACUCAGGUGCAGCUCAUGACUUGAGAGAUGGUGUACCACUGAACAAUCCAAUUUCUGAAAUGCCAACCAUCCAAGAGAAGAUAACGAAAGUCUCAUCACAACUCGAUAAAGACUUAUUAGCAAUUGAAAAUAGUGAAUUAUUAUUGGAAAAAAUUCGAGAUCAGGAAAAACAUUUGAUGGCGGAAUUGCAUGACGAGGAAGCGAAUUUCCAUCACCUGCAAGAGGAAGAAAAACAAAAAACCUUACAAGAGAAAUCUGAUGAAAACGAAGAUCUUGUGUCUCAACCACAGAAGACAGCUCAUCGAGAGGAAAUUCUGUCAUAUCACAAGCCUGAUGUUCAACUAGAGGAUCACAUGUUUCCAUCAAGCGAUUUAAAUGAGCUAGCAUUUUCUGAUGAUAAGAAAAUGGAAAAGUUGGAUGAAAUCCUAAUGUCAUCAUUGAAUGAUGAAUAUGAUCCGUGUGCAUUCCGUAAGAAACGUUUUCCACACGUUCCUUUCCGUAGAAACGACCCCUGCUAUAAACAUCUACGAAGACCUUCGCAUUGA